AUGUCACUUUUGUCGUUACCGGUCGAGCUCGUCCAAUUGGUUAUCGAGAGCACUGUCCUCGCUGUCGGAAUAGACAAGGCUGUCAGUCUGCGUCUCGUGUGCACACUCUUUGACAAUGAGGUUCAACGGGCUAUAUAUGCACUUCCCACGUUUGAGACCCAAGACGCUGCACUCAUACCAGAAACAUGCCCACUACCUUACCGAAUGGGCGUUGAAAUGAAAACAAGGCUUGUUAUGACAAAGAUCAAAACCAAAAACGCGGCCAACCGAAUUCUUUGCCGAGCUAUCAACUCAGCCGUGGAUGUGCUCGCCGAGGUGCUAGCACAGGAUGACGCUUCUACGCGUCACAGCUACGCUCGACUACUAGCCGAAGAAGCUAUUGGAUAUAAUAAACUUCUCCGCAUCGUGGGUUAUCUUGAACCUCCUUGCAAUCUUCCUGAGGUCGAUCGAAG